AUGGAGCAGGGGAGCCGCUGGGCUGAGAGCCCCACGCCUGUGAGGGUGGAGACCAAGCCCUGCCGUGGGCGCUGGAGAGCUCCCAGCCUGCUGCUGCUGCUGGCGCUGGCCACCACCGCUGCUGUGGCUGGAGGGCUCCUUGGUUUCAGCCACAGUCCUUCCCAGCCCCCGCUGCAGACGCUCCGCCUGAGCCUCCCCAGCCCGGGCAUGCCCCGGUCCAACCAAACCGAGCAGGUGGACGUGGCCCAGAACGUGGCAACCAUCCGGGUGACUCCAGCCCAGAGCAACCACAGCUGGGCAGUGCUAUUUGAUGGGCAGAGCGGCUACGUCUGUUACCGGCCCUCGGAACACCGGGCCUGCUUCCUGCGCCUGAUGGAACCCCGAGACCGUGAGGCUCUGCAGCUGAUGGUGAACACCUCUCAGCUCCAGGCAACGCGAAGCCCCAGCCAGGACACCCACUACGCCCAGGAGCUGCUGGCAGUGCUUGGGAGCCAAGAGGUGGACCCUGCCCAGGUCGGGGCUCCCGUGCGGCACCUUUGUGCCAAGACCCCCAUUUACUGGGCCCGACGCGCAGAGGGGUCCCAGAGGCAGCGGCUGAUCUACCUAUGUAUCGACAUCUGCUUCCCGAACAACAUCUGUGUGUCCGUCUGCUUUUAUUACCUCCCAGACUGA